GCCAAUAUAUUUUGUAAGGGAUUAACAAUUGAAAACGUUUUAGACUAAUAGAAUUGAAUUCUUAAAAAAACAAACCUUGUCAACAUUGUGCUGGUGCAAAAAAGUGGCAUGCAACAAAUAAUUGCACUGAAACAAAUUCACAUCUGAAAACUUCACUGCACAACAAGAGUGAAUUUCAGAAAGUGACUCACGAGUUCUAUAGCAAAUAUUCACAAGCUAAAGUUCAGUGCAUAUAGAUUUUAAAUGAAAAUUUAGUGGUUGUAAUGGAAACAAUCUUCGUUUGUUUAAAAUGGAAGUGCUUCACUUGCUUUUUGUAGUGAUUGUGUAAUUUCCGCACUUGUCUGUCAUAGUGAAUUAGUUUGCAAUAUUUAGUAGCAAUGUAUGCAAUUUUAUGCAACCGUUGGUAACACGGUAGUGAACCGAACCGUUAUUAAUACGGGCGUUAACCGGAUAACUCCAAAACGGACGUGAAGUGAAGUGCUAUAUAAACGGACGUGAAAUCUAAGAAGAGAAAUUUUAUGCGAAAUAAAUUGCAUUUAAACUUAGCGAUAUGCCAUCCCCGCUGCCUCAUUCGCCUCCACCUCCUCCCCAUUAUCCCCAAAUGCCUGCUUUUCCAGGCCGGCCGCCAAUAUCCCCUUCUUUUGCCUCCCGUGUCGGGGAAAAUUUUCCAUCGAGAUCUGGGGAAAAUGGAGGCUUGAAUUCACGAGGAGUUCCCGAUCAUGGAGGAAGCCAUGCAUCUUCUUACAACCACUUCGCUCCAAAAGGAUUAGUGGACUCUUCGGGUGUUGGUCCCCAACAAUAUCCUCACAAGGGUCUUGAGUCACCACCCAUGUUCCCCACGAGUCGGGGAGGAAUGGAUGCUUCACCGUAUGGGUCCCAUCGUUAUUUACAAGACCACCAUAUCUCCCCAUACUCCCCAUACUCGACUCACCACCCAUUUUCGCAUCAUGGGAACUAUGGGCCGCCACAUCAUGGGUCAUUUGGCCCUAUUCCCCCAUCGAUGGGGCAGUGCUCACUACCCUCAUCGCUACCCCAGUCCUCUUUCAACUCGACCCUCUCACCGCCGUCUUUGGCGCAGUCCACAUGCAGUAAUCUGCCCUACGGCGGCCCCGGCACUGCGUCCGGGAGCGGCAGUGGCGUAGGAUUUUCUGUAGGACCUCAGCAACAACAACAACAACAAGCGCCACCACUCGAGGCUUUCGUACAGCUUCUCUUAGCCAUGAACAGUGACGACCAACUCAAGUUGUACCGCACGGUUGAGAAAAUGUGCGGUAAUUCAGGCCAGUCCAACCCCAACACAACUUCCAAUGAAGCUACGGACGCACAAAACAUCGUAGAAAAGAUUAGAAAUGCAGAAUCAAGUUCCGGUGAGAACUACGCUGGAGCUUUGAAUGAAGCCACGGUUGGGAAUUCAACCUCUUCUUCUUCGAUAGCUGACACGAGGAUGACGAUUAAAAAUGUCUCCGAAGAAAUGGACACGACUCCUCUAGGAGAGAUCAUCACUAAAGGUCGUGAUACUAAUUUUUCUUCAGCAUAUGUUCCGACGAGUUUGGGGAACUCAAGUCUAGCACAAUUUGGACUAAGCCAAUAUUCGGGUGAAGGAGGAUCGUGUGGUACGAGUGCUCCUGAUAUUCAGAGUCUCCAGCAAAGUCUGACUAAUUUCCAGAAUCAGUUUUCAAAAAAUUCCUCAGGUAGCUUCAUCCAACUCAACACUGCUGAAACAUCUUCUGGAAGCACGCUUGCCACUUCAUCACUUUCGUCCGUGCUAACAGCUGCUUCUCCAGCCUCAACGACGUCUGCAAUGACAUCAUCGCUACCUCCGCUCCUGCAGACUCUGCAGAAUAGCAUCAAUGGUGCCUCGGGAGUCGGCAACGAUGGCAAACUUUCGAAAAUAGAAAGUGUCGCUGAAGAUAAUUCCAGUCACCGUCGCUCCUCAUCCGCGUCUCCACGUCGUACGCCUUCACCUCCAGGCGACUCCAAGUCACUCCAGAUGCAACCGAAUCAAAAUGCAGCCGAUCGUGAAAAUAUUGACCAGCAAAAAUCUGGCGACAAUCAAUGUGAUAAUACAAGUGCAGUUUUGCUUUCAACUUCAACACCGUCCAAUCGAGCUGCUUCGCCAUACCAAAGCACCAAUGCUGAUGAUGUGUCCAGAUCUUCACCACCUCCACAUCAAAUAUCAUCACCUUUUACUGCUCACAAUACCUCGCCUGUGGCAUCACUCCUCUCAAGAACACCAAACAUCAACAAAGAACCUCCAAAUGACGUCAACAGCUCGCCACUUCCAGGGGAAGACAUAGAAGAACAUCAUAAAAUGGAAGUGACGGAAGACCAGGAUGAAGAGCUGUGCGAGGACUCAGUGGGAGACAUGGGCUCCCACAACGGCGUGGGACCUGGGAUGCUGCAAGGGUUCCCGGGUUUGGGAGCCUUUCCAGGGUUCGGUGGGAGUGGAGGAAUCGGUGGAGGACUUGGAGGAGCACUUGGAGGAUCAGCAGGAAUGAGUAACCUGAGUCAAGCUCUUGCGUCAGGAAUAAAUUCAUCGUCCGCAGCAGCGAGUCUCCUUCAGUUCUUGAGAUCGUCGUCGCCGCGUGGAGCGUCCAACGAUGCCGGGGCCCUGACUUCUUCGCUUGCAAGUCUGGGCCAAAGUCUGUCAGGGUUGGGCCAGGGCUUUAACAGUUCUCAAAACGGGCCAACACAAGGGUCCAACUCGCAAUCCCUGUCGCCAACCCCGGACGGGGAUCGGCAUCCGUAUUGGGGGGCCUCCGGACCCCGAAGUCUCAUGGACAGGCCUGAGAGCCUGUCUUCGCCGUCGCUCCUUGACAGCAAGGUGGGUCCCGAAUUUGAAUUACCCGUGAAGCGAAGUAUUAGGGCAAUAAAAAUGUUUGCUAUUGAUGACCCUUCGAGGCAGAGAGAGAGAGAGAUUGUGCAGCGUCCUCUGGCUGCCAGCAUGUUGGUCUUCCCGGUGGACUUGAGUAUCCACCAUCACAAUAUCCUCUUCCCUCUUCAGUAUCCACCCUCACAAUAUCCUCCUCCGUCUUCAGUAUCCACCCUCACAAUAUCCUCCUCCCUCCUCAGUAUCCACCCUCACAAUAUCCUCCUCCCUCCUCAGUAUCCACCCUCACAAUAUCCUCCUCCCUCCUCAGUAUCCAUCCUCACAAUAUCCUCCUCCUUCCUCAGUAUCCACCCUCACAAUAUCCUCCUCCCUCCUCAGUAUCCUCCUUCACAAUAUCCUCCUCCCUCCUCAGUAUCCUCCGCCCUUCUCAGUAUCCACCCUCACAAUAUCCUCCUCCCUCCUCAGUAUCCUCCGCCCUCCUCAGUAUCUACCCUCAAAAUAUCCUCCUCCCUCCUCAGUAUCCACCCUCACAAUAUCCUCCUCUUUCCUCAGUAUCCACCCUCACAAUAUCCUCCUCCCUCCCCAGUAUCCACCCUCACAAUAUCCUCCUCCCUCCUCACCCUCAGCGACGCUCAGCGGCGUCUCAUAAAAUGGUUGGCGGUCAUUACUGCUACGCCGCUCAGCACAUCAUUAGGAACCCUUCCUAGCAUCCUGCAUCAUCCUACAUCAUCCUGCAUCAUCCUGCAGUGUGAUGAUACCAUGCACAUUACUGCCACGCCGCUCAGCACAUCAUUAGGAACCCUCCUAGCAUCCUGCAUCAUCCUGCAUCAUCCUGCAUCAUCCUGCAUCAUCCUGCAUCAUCCUGCAGUGUGA